AUGAAAAAGAGAAAUUUUACCCGAAGAAGUGAAAGUAUAUCUUCUGCAGAAAAUUCAGGAGUAGUAUCUUCAUAUAAAGUAGUGGAUAUAUCCUCUCUUGAUAUUGAAAAGGUAGCCUCAUCUUUACCAAUACCUACUGCUUUAAGUAAGCUUAUAAGUAUUAGUAAACAGCUUCAGCAUGAAAUUAAAAACAUUAAGAAUGAACGUGAUGAGGCUUAUAAUGCCCUAAUUAUUCAACGAGACUAUUAUGAGCACUCUGGUAAAAAAGAUCUUUCUAAGUUAAAGAUCAUUGCUAAUACUAUUUCCAAUAUUGAGCAUAAUGCUAAGAUAAAUAAUUUACGAAAGGAAUAUGAAAAGCAGAUGGAUGAGAUGGAAUUAAAUUUCCAAAAUGAAAAAAAAAUUCUUAGAAAUAAAGUCUUACAUGAUGUCGAAGAUUAUCUUAUAAAGUAUAGGGAUUUAGCAGUUUUAGCCACUGAGGAACUAAAACGUCAGAAAGAAAAGAUGGAAGCAAUGAAAAUUAGAGCAAAACAGCUUGCUGAAACAACGUGCUUAGCCUUUGAAGAAAAACUUAAGAGGCAAAUGAAGGAAUCAAUCAGAAAAUAUGAAGAGAUGGCACAAGCUACAUGCUCUAGAGUGUUAGAAAAAGAAAAGAAUAUGCAUAUACAAUGGAAUGAGAGAGAGAAGUGCCUCGAAAGGGAAAAGAGGGAAUUUGAGAAAAGUAUUCUUAAAGAAUCUGAGAAACGAAUAGAGGAGUUUAGAAGGGGUUAUAUUGAAACACAGGUUCAAUUAGCAAAAGAGAGAGAAAUAUUCGACGACAUAAUUGACAAACUAAAAGAAAAGAUUGCACGUGAAUGUGAUGAUUUUGAGUCCGAGAUACAACAUAGAUUUGCAGUAGCCUUUAAUAUGGAUGAGGAUGAGGUACAAAGGCGUCUUUCUAACUAUAAUGAAGCUCUAAAGAAAAGCCAGUUAAAAGCUCAGGAAGUAAAAGAUUAA